AUGCUGAAGGCUUGCUCGUCCUUGUGGAAGAACAACGUCCGGCUCCUUCGGAAAACCGUCUGUCGCGAAUAUUCUUCCCUCCCCGCCUCCAGCAUCGCCGUGCAUGGCGGAUGUUGUGCGCCUUCGUUGAACACUCGACGCCUCCCUCUUUUCAUGCCGGUCCACAAGGUCCAAGAAGAUAGCCCCCAGCGAGCCAACAAGAGGCGACGCAUCACGACGUCGACCUCCCCGCAUCGAGACAACAUGGUUGUCCAGACGGAAGAGAUCCGACAGCCUCUCCCCAAAAUCGAGCUCACCCCGCUCGAGCACCUCAUUGAACGACUUCUGCUUGAUGUAAAAAGCUACAUUGAGCAAAAAAACGAACCGACAGGCCAAGAUGCACAGCAAGAAAUGGUGCUGCGCUUUACUGGUGGCUGGGUGCGAGACAAGCUACUGGGCGUUGACAGCCACGAUAUUGAUGUCGCAAUCAGUACAAUGACCGGCUUUCAGUUUGGGAAUUUUAUGAAAGAAUAUUUGGAUGAUCCAGAGAAUCUGGCUAAAUACAAGGGUAGCGGCAAUCCUGCGCUCAAUGACGACGAAAUCGUCAAAGUCCACAAAAUCGACGCGAACCCGGAAAAGUCCAAGCACCUGGAAACAGUGACCACCAGGAUCUUUGGACUAGACAUCGACUUGGUAAACCUGCGGAAGGAGACAUACACAGAGGAGAGUCGAAACCCGCAAAUGGAAUUUGGAACAGCCGAAGAAGAUGCUCUGCGUCGCGACGCAACCGUCAAUGCGAUGUUCUACAACCUAAAUACGUCAGCUCUUGAAGAUUUGACAGGCCUAGGCCUCAAAGAUCUAAAGCAGAAGCUUAUCAGGACGCCACUCGAGGCCUACCAGACGUUCAAGGAUGACCCUCUACGCAUCCUUCGACUCAUCCGAUUCGCAAGCCGGCUAGGCUACCGCAUCGACGACGACUGUAAACAAGCUAUGCAGAACGAGUCCAUCAAGGAUGCACUCAGGCUUAAGAUUAGCAAGGAGCGUGUGGGAGCAGAAGUAGAGAAAAUGCUUCGGGGGCCGGAUCCUAAGGCGGCGUUGACGCACAUUGACACCCUCUCGCUACACUCCACCAUAUUCGCCAAUCUAAGGGACGAAGCACAAGCGGAUACAAGCUCCUGGUCGCUUGUUUACGAUAGCUUUGACAAGAUCGCCCAUCCUGCCGACGACGCAGAUGACCUUUCCCAAAAGACCAAACAUUUACAUGAUCUCCUCAUUCGCGAUGAAAUCGAUGCCUACCAUGCAUGGAUAGUAGCUGCCUUCUCCCCUUGGGCGCUUGUCCCUGCCCGUCCGAUCAAAUCAAAGUCAGAAAAACCACCGGUCGUUGCACGCGCAGCAGAGGUGGCCAGAGACAAUCUCCGCUCCGACAACAAGACAGUCUGCAUUCUGAAGGAAUCAGUCGGGUACUUUACAGAACUCAAAUCACUUAAAGAUAGCUUCUUAGCGGGGGAAAUUUCUGGCACAGAAUCCGAAAUUAGACAGCGCGUUGGCCUUACCAUACGAUCCUGGAAGAAGGACUGGCGGAUGGUCGCUAUCAUGGCGUUGCUCCAAGAGAUCAUGGCCGGUGCCGAGUUCUCCAAUGUGAUUGACGAGUAUGAUAAAUUCCUCUCCUACAUUGAGAGAGAAAGCUUGCUCAACGUGACGGAAUUGAGACCAAUUGUCAACGGCACUGAACUCUCGGCAGCCCUGGGCGCAGGCCGUGGCAAGUGGUUGAGCAUAGCACUUGAAAAGAUGAUUGAAUGGCAGCUGCUUCAUCCUGAGAUAACAGAGAAAGAAGAGGCUUCUCAGAACGAUAUCGCAACAGUGUCGAUCCCGCAAGGACUUGGCGAGAUGGAGAAAACUCGCCUUGCUGCGCGAGCAUAUAUCAAAAAAACGAAUAAUGAGAGUUUAGAUCGGUUUGAGGCGGAGGUUAAUGACGAAAUAGUAACAUUACCCGCGUUACAAACAGAACUAUCGUCUCCUGAUGCUCAAGAUUUAUCUGCCCUGAAUGAGGAUUUACUGGUUAUCUGGACUGCUCUCAGGGAAUGGAAGUUCAGCGAGCCUUUUGGUGCUGAUGGUAAGGAGGCAGCACAGGCGAUUUAUGCUUGGUUGGUGCAAAUAUCUUUGCCAUCCUCGGAUUUUGCUGAGGCCCUGGAAUCCGAAUACACAGAUGAUAAGUCGAAGAAGAUCAAGUUGACGACAACACUUAAAUCAAAGCGAUCCACCUUCGAGAUCGCAAUUUCAUGCAUUGAAGCUCUCAAUAGCAUCUUGCCUGUAGCCGAGGCAGAAAAUGCAGCGGACAUUUUUACAGCUCUUGCAAGCUUCACAAACACGCGUGAUUCAUGGACAACUAGCAAAAGCUACCAUGACGCCCUUGCAGUGCUACAGACAUUUUCGCCAUCAGAGAACCAUCAAAGGAACUGGGACAUCGUGGAACAAAUGUCUAAAUCAAAAAUAAGGCCGAUAUUUGCAAAGACCAGAAACACAGCCGUUACUGGAGCCGGCCGAAAGAAUCUUCACCCGAUGCCUCAACCCAGAUUCGACGGGAAUAUAUUCAACCCCGAGGCGAAGCCGUGGAAACAUGUUGAUGUAUAUGCGACGACAGUUUUGGAGUGGGUGCUUUCACUAUAUACCUCCUCCGAUAUUGCACGCCUGGAAAAUCAAUUCCAGUUCUAUGUCCCGCCUAUUUUGUCUCUUUUAGACGAUGAGAGUCCGUCAUUCAAAUAUCGCGGAUGCCAUCUUCUUAUAAGCUUUCUCAAACCCAUUCAAUCAAGCAACUCAGACCUUCUCCGACGCACGAAUCUAUCUUCCGUAUUCGACGACGCUCUCACCCCAACUCUCCUCUCUCUUCCAACACUAACAGCUGAAGAUGAAAGCCUGCAAAUCCUGGGAAUUACGUACAAAGCACUACUACUCACACUUCAGACCCGCUAUCACAUUGGUCAGUCGUCAUCAUACCACCAAGAAGACAACAGAGCAGCCUACACGUCCCGGCUAACGACCCUCCUCCGCGACAAUGUCAUUUCGGCAUUCCACCAUAUCAGCUCAUACACCCCAACCACCAAGACUGAAUCUUCCAUGCUCGCUUCAUUCCCGUAUCCGAGACUAUCGACAUUCAUUCUGGGCCAGUUAAAGACUGUGGUUCAACACAUCGGGAUCCAUACAACAAAGUACCUACAGGAAAUAAUUCCUGUUAUCUACAACACUCUCACCAACCCAUUCGUAACGGCACACUUGCCCCUACUCGCAGCUGGUGUGGCUGCAGCGCAAGCCGUCAUUCUCAACUCGCACCCGAGGAUAUGGCGGUACAGAGGAGAGUUCCUCGCUGCCUUUUGCGCGUGCUGGAUGAAUAUUUCUCAAGAUGAGAAGGGAACUCAGGACAUCGAAUUACAAACUCAGUUACGGAACGUGAUGAAGAAGUUGCAAGGAGCAACAAAUCUUUUAAAUAUUGCCGUGCAAAGUGCGGUUAGUAUCAAGGAAGACGACCUUAAAAGAAUAUAUUGGACAGGUGUCGUUGAGGGCGAUGAAAUUGACAUGGGAAAAGAAGUGGAAGCUCUGAUAGCGGCCGAUGAGAAUCUAAGAGAUCUUUUCGAUAGGAUUCACGAGGAGGAUUUAAGUGAUGAUUAUUUUGAUUAA